UCGGCGCUCCUGUGGGCCCUGUCUCCGUCUCAUUUCUCUGACUCCUGCCCUCCUUGCCGUUACCUCCUGUGGCGAGGGUUUCAAGCCGGCGGCGGCGGGGCCUCCAUCCCCACCCGUUCGCGCCGCCGUCUCCCUGUCCCGGGCGCCGAUUGCCGCCGGCGCGGGAGGCCGAUAGCCGGGCCGUCCUUGCCGCUGGGCACCCCUCCGUCCUCGCAAGCCAGCCUCGGCGAGUGUCCUGCUUUGUCAGCACACAUCCAGUGGAAAUGGCAUGUUGGGUUCAACUUUUUCUGUGAUCUCCAUGAGAAUUAAUCCUUGAAACAGCAAUGAUUAAUCUCAAAUAAGCUUAAAUGAGCAAACAUGUCAUAAGAUUAUAAAAUAUUCAAAUAAACAAUGGAAAUAUACUGGUAUAACAAACCAUAACAGGAAGGUGGGCAAGAUCCAUCGACUAUGCAUAGUAAGUUCACAUAAAAAAAUAUAAUUAUUUUCAUAUGGUUGGAUCUUUGCACUGAAGAAUUUUUCAAAUGGAAGAAUCUCCUGAAAACUUACUUGGAGUUGAUUGUUGCAAAUCAGGAAACAGCAUUUGUCAUCACCAUUAUGCUAGGUGGGAUAUAUUAAAUGCCUGAAAUGACUGAAAGUUGGGUAGAAGGCUCAAAGCAUGCCCCAGCUCCAGAAUCAGUUUCUUGUUCGGUUUCGAGAUAUCAAACAUUAUCAGAAAGAAGAUCAAGGCAAAGAAACAUUUUUCAUAUAUUAGCCCAGCGGGAGGUCUCAACUCAAACAAAACAUCAAGCUAAAAGGCUUUGGACCAAAUCUCCAAGAUGUGAUGAUGGUUCUGUUGAGUUAAAGUUUUUUUCUACAGAUGCUCGGCAUGAUCUCUUUUCUUGGGCUGAAUCACAGUCCUUGCAUCGCUGGUCAGCUAAAUAUUGCCCUCUUGUGCCUGCUCCGAGGUCAACUAUUGCAGCUGCGUUCAGUCCUGAUGGGAGAACACUUGCAUCCACGCAUGGUGAUCACACUGUUAAAAUAAUUGACUACCAAACCGGGAAAUGUUUGAAAGAGUUGCUCGGACAUCAACGCACUCCAUGGGUGGUUAGGUACCAUCCAUUACAUUCUGAUAUCGUUGCCAGCGGAAGUUUGGAUCAUGAAGUUCGUCUCUGGGAUGCUAAAACAUCACACUGCAUUGGAGAACACUUCUUCUAUAGGCCUAUUGCGUCUAUUGCGUUUCAUGCCACGGGGGAGCUUCUGGCAGUUGCAUCAGGUCACAAAUUGUUCAUUUGGGACUACAGCAAGCAAGCUGAAGCUUUGGACCCAGCAAUGAUACUGAAAACCCGCCGUUCACUGAGAGCUGUCCAUUUUCAUCCCCAUGGUGCCCCAUAUCUACUGACGGCAGAGGUUAACGACCUUGAUUCUGGAGAUUCAACACUGACCCCUGCAACAUCUUCUGGCUAUUCGAACUGUUGUUCAGCUGUGAUUUUGGCAAACAUUAACUCAAUGUGCUGUCCUCAUCUUGAGUCUAGGUUGUCAUCAUCUUGCUUGCUCUGGCCUGCAUAUCUUAGGGAUGACGGAAUCAUAUGUCCGCUUUGCAAUGAUCGGGAUAUUGAUUCAAUCAAUGUGCAGCAGGGAUCAUCAUCUUUAGUGCAAAAUUCACUGCUGUCAGAUGCUGAAAAUCAAGAGAUUAGUCAGUUGGUUACGUCUAUGGAUGCAUGCCCUGGAGAAACAGGUGUGGCUAAUGAUGAUGAUUCAGUUUCAACAUCUUUAUAUGCUGGAACUGAAAUGUAUACUGUCAGAGUGCAAUCUAACUCAAGAGUGUACGGUGGAAGUGCUGCUACUAAUGAAAGGUUUAGGGAGAGAGAUGGCACAGAAACAUCCCACUUGAGCAGAAAUAUCCCAAAUCCAGAAAUAGUUCUGCAUUCAAGACCUGAUGGCCCAAGUGGUAUGCCAAUGGAUCGGUUCACAACAUCUAGUGGAUUACCAUACAUGCAUAAUUUAGAGCAUGUAGAUGUUUCAUCAUCAGUUCCAGCUACUGCUGGCAAUUUUAUUGGGUCAAGACGGCAUUAUACCUCACACCCUGAUCUGAUGGCCUCUGUACCUGGGGUUGGAAGUUUGCUUCUGGGUACUCAAAUUGAUGAAGCUGUGGUUCAUGCUGUCUCAUUAGGUGUUGGGUCAGAACUACCUACCUCGCUGUUUGAUGGUAGUGGUACUGAACUACCUUGUACAGUGAAACUUAGAAUAUGGCGGCACAACAUCAAGGAUCCGUGUGUUGCAUUUGAGCUUGGGACAUGCCGCUUGACAAUUUCUCACGCUGUACUUUGCAGUGAAAUGGGCACCCAUUUUUCCCCUUGUGGACGAUUUUUGGUUGCUUGUGUUGCAUGCAUGCUGCCACAAACAGAAGGUGACCAUGGAAGCCAGUUACCUGUGCAGUAUGAUUCUACUGGGGCUGGAACAUCUCCUACUCGGCAUCCACUUCCCUCGCACCAAAUUAUAUAUGAGCUUCGAGUUUAUUCUCUUGAGGAGGCAACGUUCGGCACGGUUCUUGCGUCUAGAGCAAUAAGGGCUGCUAACUGCUUAACUUCCAUUCAGUUUUCACCUACAUCGGAACACAUACUAUUGGCAUAUGGUCGUUGUCAUAAGUCACUGCUUAGGAGCGUUUUCAUGGAUGGGGAGACCAUAGUUCCUGUGUACACUGUUUUGGAGGUGUAUAGAGUCUCAGACAUGGAGCUUGUAAGAGUUCUUCCUAGUGCUUUAGAUGAAGUCAAUGUUGCAUGUUUUCAUCCUUCCCCUGGAGCAGGUCUUGUUUAUGGGACUAAGGAAGGGAAGCUCAGGAUUCUUCAACACAAUGGUGGAAGCAUGGGGCUGAAUUUCUUUGCUGGGCAAAAUAUGCUUGAGGUUCAGAGGCAUGCACUGUAACACGGAACAUAAUUAUUGCAUUGCAUGCUUACAAUGCUUACAUUUCCCGAGAACUACGUCUACAACAUCCUGGAAAAGUUUGCACCACUAGACGGGUUUGAAUUGAUAUGCUUCCAUGUGAAGGAACUUUCCUCAGCAGACUUUCGUCUCUGUCCAAGAGGUUCUGACUGAAAACAUCAAAUUUCAGCCUCCAACAACUCUGAUUGAUAUGGAUUUUUUUUUAGUUACUAACAAUAUUGCAUUGACACUGUGCUAAACUGUUGUACCGUUGUCGAAGACUUUACUGCUCCUCUAA